UGUAUACAAGGCUGUAUAUAUCUUCUCUGUACCACGCGGUUCUUUUUGUAUCUCGGUUAUUAUAGUAGUUUACCAUUUUUUUAUUAUUAAGUUGAAUUAACCAAUAGCAAAAAAUGGUGGAAGAACAAAGAAGAAGAGUUGAGGAUCAGAUGACGAAAAUUGUGGAGGAAAUAGACAAAAGUUACUUGAGGAAAAUUCAAGGAAACAUGCACAGAUGUGCAGCCAGUUGUUGCGAUAAUAAAACUGCAAGUAUUCAAAAAAUCCACCAUUGUAUUGAAAACUGCAAUGGAAAUUUGACCCAUGCUCAGCAGUACGUGAAUUCCGAAUUUGAAAGAGUUCAGCACCGAUUACAAAGGUGUGUCAUGGAUUGCAACGAUUAUAUAAAAGAUAAAAUGGGCCAUAAUUCAACACAAGAUGAAGUCAAUCGUCUAACAGAUGAUUUUGAGAAGUGUGCAACAAAAUGUGUUGAUACAUAUUGUGACUUACUUCCAUCUUUGGAAAAAACGAUGAAAAAAGUACUUGCGAGUGGAAAAUUUGACCAGCCGAUGUGAAAAUAUAUAAAAUUUUCAUUGCUAUUGCAUUCCAGGUGGAAUUGAUUUUGAUAAUUGGUUCUUGAAAUGAAAAUGCAAUAACGAAGCAAUAAAUGGAAGUAAUUCAUGUACAGUUUUAGUGAGUUUUGUAAUUUAAUAAUCACAUAUGAAUGGUCAAGAGAUAUUUUAUGUGGAUGUGUCAAUAAAUUUCAAAUAAUUAAA